AAGUUUAGUCGCUUGAUGGCGUUGGUUGUUCCAGCUGAGUCUUAAUUGGUUUCGGUUUUGAUGAGGACACUCGGAAAAAAAUUAAUUAAGUUAAUUAAAAGCGAACGUUAAAUGAGAAAACCAUAAGUUAUGGUAAAACUCACCAAUUUCCCUCCACCGACUGAAGGUAUUCAUUGCGAACAGCCUGACGUGGAAGUAUUCGUGCAGAAAAAAUCUCUUGGAUUAGGGAAACUCUAUGUUGCAGAAAGUCGGCUUUCAUGGGUUGGCUAUGAAGAUAACAAAGGUUUUUCCAUAGAAUAUCCAGCAAUAUCUGUGCAUGGAGUCUCUAAAGACCAGUCAAGUUUUCCUCGUCCUUGUAUUUAUAUGAUCAUCAACUGCCUUUUAGAUGACGAUGACACAAACAAUGAAAACCAAUCAGAAGAUGAUGAUGAUGAUGAUUUGACUGAGAUACAUUUAGUACCUCAGGACUCGGGCACGUUAAAUUUAAUAUUCCAAACACUUUCAACUUGUUCAGCUCUGCAUCCAGAUGAAAACCAGCUGAUAGAUUCUGAAUUUGAAGAUGUUGACGAGGAAGAUGAGACUGAUGAAAUUGUUGACUACGAGGAGAGCGCCAACAGUCUUUCGAACCUGUCUAUCCGAGGCCAAGAAACUCUACAACAUCUAGAAAAUAUUUUUGUAGACAGCAGCCAUUCUACAAAUGGCGUUUUAACUUCAGAAGAAAAUCAAAAUGAAGAACAACCGAUGGAAUCUGGCCAGUUUGAUGAUGCAGAUAUUUGAAAAUUUAUUCAUUUGGUCAACUCAUGAACCCAUUUCUCUAAAUACCCAUUAACAUUGCUACAAUUCAUUAAAGAAAACUCUAUCAAUGGAUUUACAUCUGCCAAAAACGUUUUUAUAUUUUUUUUAACCAUGACCAUCCUUUUCAUAGAAUCAUUAAAUAAAUAAAUU